GUUUCAUACACCGCAUAAACACAUACUCCCGUAUUUCUCUCUCCUCUCUCUCUUUUUUUAAUCUCUCUCAAUUAUUGGUUAUCUGGUGUACAAGGAGCAAAGCAACCAAAAUAGAAGAAUGUGAUACAAAAUCAAAUGGAUUCCACCCGCAAUUCUCUGAGUUCAAGUUCUUUGACAAUCUCAGAGAAAUUAUGUGCUGCAUUUUUCCCAAUAAUUGCAUUGAUUGAAGUAUUAAUAUAUGCUACGUCUGGUUGCUUGGAAUUACAACGUCCCAAGAAAAAAAAGUUGGGUUAUGACUACACGGACCUUGCUAGACUUUCCAGAGACUCAAGAUUUAAUGUAAAUGAAGUGGAAGCGUUGCACGAGUUGUUUAAGAAGUUGAGUUGUUCAAUUAUUGAUGAUGGUUUGAUACAUAAGGAAGAGCUUCAGCUAGCCUUAUUUCAAACUCCAUAUGGUGAGAAUCUCUUCUUGGACCGGGUUUUUGAUCUUUUUGAUGAAAAGCAGAAUGGAGUCAUUGAGUUUGAGGAAUUUAUCCAUGCACUUAAUAUCUUCCAUCCCUAUGCUCCGGUAGAAGACAAAAUAGACUUUGCGUUUAGAUUGUAUGAUUUACGACAAACUGGGUACAUUGAACGAGAAGAGGUUAAGCAAAUGGUAAUUGCAAUUCUGAUGGAAUCUGAAAUGAAGCUAUCUGAUGAACUGGUCGAGCAAAUUAUUGAUAAGACAUUUUCUGAUGCUGACGCUGAUGGAGAUGGUAAGAUUGAUAAGAGGGACUGGAAAGAGUUUGUUGUUAGACACCCAUCAUUGCUGAAGAACAUGACUCUUCCCUAUUUGAAGGACAUCACUACUGCAUUCCCAAGUUUUGUAUUCCACACACAGGUUGAAGACUCGGAGAAAAGCCAUUUGUUGUGACAGACUUGUGUAGUAGACCAUAGCCUUGAGAUAUGAUUGGCGAUGACAAUUCCGUUAAUCUGCCUAAGAUGGUUUGAGCCAUUGCAAGAAAUGUCCUACAUUAUAGCAGGAGAGAUGUUGGUCAUCAAGUCUAAACUAGCAGCCAGCAGCUUUUCUUCUUUUUCUUCUACUAAAAGUCAUAAUGGCUUAAGCUGCCAUCGGCAGUCUCAUUCAUUUUCACAAUCAAUCUUUGAAGUCCAUUGUAUUAGAUGGUGAUAUAAGAAGAUUGAUUGGUGAAUCUUCAAAUGUAUUUCUGCCCAAACCUAGGCAUCUAGUUACAAUACAAAAAAACAAAAAGGAACAACAAGAGAAAAAAAAAUUGCCUUGUAUAUACAUUUUUGCCAUGAAUUUGUUUCUUUAGGUUAUUAUUAUUCUUUUAAAUACAAAUCCAUCUCUAGUGAAAUGCAUACACCUCAAUGCAAUAACGCAACUCCAUGUUCUAAACAAGUACUUCAAAUGCAUUGAGAACACUCAUAGAUAACUUGUUGCAAAUCCAAGUUUUCCUAAACUAAUGAUAACCAGCCAGUCUGUCAGCCUAUCACUAUGAAAUGCCCUUUUUUUCUGUUCUACAUAAUUGUUGUGUAUGGAGAUCUCGUGCUAUUUUUUCAAUAAAUUAGAAAGUUUGUUCUUUAA